GCCGCUGUCGCUGACUGGCUCGGAGGCAGAACUAUCUCCGACCUAAGGCAGAAAAAAGAGUCAAACGCGUCUCUCCUCUUCAUGGCUCUUCCAUAGUCUCUCACCUCGACAAGAUGGCCGCUGUAAACAAGUUGGACAGCAGCACACAUGUCGGCAGCACGCCUGUUGCGCCGCCAAAGAAAAAGGUGCAUUAUCCGUUCUGGUUUGGAGGGUCUGCCUCGUGCUGUGCUGCUGCUGUAACCCAUCCUCUGGAUCUUGUCAAGGUACAAUCCAAAUCUUGUUCUACCUAGGUAUCUGCUCCAUGAAAAGAGUUCCUGGCGCUGACAGUCGUCCCACGGUCGAAGGUUCGCUUACAAACGCGAGCUCCAAAUGCCCCGAAGACUAUGCUGGGCACAUUUGCCCAUAUCUUUAAAGAGAAUGGCUUCCUUGCAUUGUACAAUGGUCUCUCUGCUUCCAUCCUCCGUCAAUUGACAUACUCCACCACGCGAUUCGGAAUAUAUGAAGAGCUCAAGAACUCGUUCACAUCCCCUACGCAGCCCGCGAGCCUAUUCACCCUUCUCGCCAUGGCUUGCGGCUCGGGUUUCAUUGGCGGUAUUGCUGGGAAUCCAGCCGACGUGGUCAAUGUCCGCAUGCAGUCAGACCUGGGACUGCCUCCGUCGCAACGUCGGAAUUACAAGCAUGCUGUCGACGGCCUGCACCAGAUGGUCCGAAACGAAGGUCCCAAGAGCUUGUUCCGGGGCGUCUGGCCAAACUCCAUGAGAGCUGUGCUUAUGACUGCCUCGCAGUUGACAACAUACGAUGUCUUCAAAAGGAUCUGUCUUCAAGAUCUCGGGAUGAAGGAUAAUCUGUCUACACAUUUUACGUCGUCGUUCCUGGCGGGUUUCGUCGCCACGACUGUCUGCAGUCCCGUUGACGUGAUCAAGACGCGAGUCAUGUCUGCUCCGCAUACUCAUGACCAUACUAUUCUCCAGACACUGACAGACAUCAUUCGCAAGGAGGGUCUGUCUUGGGCCUUCCGCGGUUGGGUGCCUAGCUUCAUUCGCUUGGGUCCUCAUACCAUUGCGACGUUUUUGUUUUUGGAAGAGCAUAAGAAGAUCUAUCGCUAUCUCAAGGGAAUUCCGGAGCAGAUAUAAGCGUAAGAAACCUAUCUUUGUUAUUUAUUCCCCCUCUAUCUCUUGGCAUUUUUGCUCCCCUUUUCUUUAAGCUAUCUGCAUUGCCUUUGACUUCACGACUCUUUCUGGAUAGACGACAUAUAGAUUAGAGCAGGUCUGCGUAUAGACUCUCUUCUAGUUUUUCUAUUACUUCACUUUUCAUUCUAUGUCGUCAUUGCUUGCUUGAUCUCGAGAACUGAAGUCUAGCUGUCCACGCCGUGGUAGCAACCCACAAUACAUUUUCUUUUGGUCCGUUCUAUAUGAAAUCGGAUUGAGUUGCACAUACAACACAAUAUGCAUUUAUCUUAAGAUUUAUUUACCUGUUUUUUGGUGAUUCUCGGGAUCAUGGAAGUAGAUUUAUGUUCGCGGGAUUUCCCGAGUGACAGACUAGGGCCCCGAUUCACAACGCACCUAUGCACUACAAAAGGAAUAUAAAAUGACAA